GGGGCGGGGCCGAGGGCGGGGCGGCCUCUCGCGGCCGGAGGGCGGCCGGGGCGGUGACGUCACCGCAUGACUGGGUUUUUAUGAAUGAAAGGAAUCCUGUGAGUGAGUAAUUCCGGGAAGCUCGCCUUACAACUCCGCGCGGCCCCGGCCCCCUGCGCCGCCCGCCGCACAACAAAACUCAGCGCCGCGCUCCCGGGAGCCGGGUUCGGAGCGGCCUGCGGUUCGGACCGGGGCGGAGGGGAGGCCGACCAGGGGACCCGCUGGGACAGCAGCCGCGACAGCCGCGAGACACGCGCGUGCGAGGCGCGCCAGGCCAAGCGAGCCGAGAGGCGGGUCUCCAGCCCAGAGGGCACCUUCUGCAAACAUGUCUGGGGACCCCUUAUCCAGCAAAGCCCUGAAGAUCAAGCGCGAGCUGAGCGAGAACACGCCGCACCUGUCGGACGAGGCGCUGAUGGGGCUGUCCGUGCGCGAGCUGAACCGACACCUGCGGGGGCUCUCGGCCGAGGAGGUGACGCGGCUCAAGCAGCGGCGCCGCACGCUCAAGAACCGCGGCUACGCCGCCAGCUGCCGCGUGAAGCGCGUGUGCCAGAAGGAGGAGCUGCAGAAGCAGAAGUCGGAGCUGGAGCGCGAGGUGGACAAGCUGGCGCGUGAGAACGCGGCCAUGCGCCUGGAGCUCGACGCGCUGCGCGGCAAGUGCGAGGCGCUGCAGGGCUUCGCGCGCUCAGUGGCCGCGGCUCGCGGGCCGGCCGCGCUUGUGGCGCCCGCCAGCGUCAUCACCAUCGUCAAGUCCACCCCAAGCCCGGGGUCUGGCCCCGCCCCCGGCCCAGACCCCGCCCCCGGCCCGGCCGCCUGUUCCUAGUGCCCGCCCCGCCCUAUUCCCCCGAGCCACGCCCCAUUCCCCCAGCCACGCCCCUCCGACCGCGUCUCUCUUCCCAAAGUGCCUGAGCAGUCUUUGUGCCCAGGUCCCAUUUCUUGCAGCCGCCAGCCCCUGUGAUGAACACACAUUCCCUCCUGGGACCCUGUCUUCCUUGUGUAGACCCCGAAACUGGGACUUAAUGGUCCUAGGGAGGGGCAAUUUUGGUGGUGGUGGGGUGGGGGUUCCAGAUCUGGGGUCACCCUUGGCUGAAAGUUCAACCUUCUUAGAUUGGUAAGAACAGGAUACAGAGCGGGCUCAGAGAAGAGCUGUCGGGGGAAACGAGGGCAUUCCUCAUUUUGGAAACUGCUCUGAAUGUGCCAAUAUGCCCUCCAAACCGUCCCAGGACUCAGGAUUCAGUCUGGCUGUCCUGCUGGGAAACUGCACUGAAGAGAUUCUCCCACCUCUGCUUUGGGCCUGGGGGCGCCUGGCUUUCCAAAGCUAGGAGAGUGGUUAGAAACGACUAGUGGAGCCCAGUUAACAGAUGGGGAGGCAGCCCUGCAGUGGACUCGAGGCCGCACACCACUUAGUAGUUGAGCCGGAACCAGAAGCUGAGUUGUCUUACUGCUGCCCCAAGAUUCCAGCCAUGGAACAGUGGACAGGACUGAAAAGGUGGUGAGAGGGCCUCCCUGGCCUGGGAGAUGGCUCUCUACAAGGGAAGGGCAAGAAGCAGAGGGACAGAGAAGGUGAUACAGAUGGAUGGGUGGGAAGGAGCUGGCCUGGCUCAGCCUUGGGCUCUCCCUGCAGUCAGGGUGCCCUGGAGACAGCCAGCCAGAGAGAAAGGGGACUGUGGUGGUGUCUGCUGUGGCAGAUGGGGAUAAGAGACAGAUCCUGUGGUCCUACAGCCUGGAGUGGCGUCCUUGGAAGUAAGGGUCCCACCUGGACCCUGCAAGUAUCCACUGUGGGAUGGGGGCGGGCUGCAGCCAAUGAUUGCCAUUUUCCUGGAAGCCAGGCCCCAGCCCCUCCCCCAACACUGUAUAGAGCUGCCCGUCCCCACUAUUUAUUGCACGGAUCUAAGUUAUUCUCCCCAGCCAGAGCCCUAGAUCCCACUCCUUGGAAAAGUGGCUUGUGGCCCUGAGCUGGACUUUAUAUUUUAUAUCUACAAAUAAAUCACAUUUUAUCUUAUAUUUAGGGAAAACCAAUGGCAACAACAAAAAAAAU